AAAUGCGUGCAAAUUCGUGUCGCAAGUAAACGAAUCGCAGAAAGAUGCGCGAACUUCGGCGAAACUUCCCCAGGUUCCUUACCGUCCCAUCGAGGAUCGGCUCCGCUUGACACGAGGAGGCGGAGUGUCGCGACUCGAGCUCCUCUUCAUGUUGUUGCGGAUCUUGACCGUGAUUUUAUGUCGAUCGUCCCGCGGAAUCCCAAUCAUCAACGCUGCUUGCUGCGCCGGAACUCAACGAGGAACAAGAAAAAAGAAAGAAAGGCGCGGGGGAGACGGGGGAGGAGGAGAGACGCGUGCGACAGCGGAAGCAGCCUGGCCAGGAAAUACCGCGGAUUUUAUUUUCUCUUCCGAAAACGACUACGCCUCGUUCUUCGGAACGCAGCGAACAAAAUGGCGUCUCCGUCGUCGCCUCCGCCCGCCUCGGCGCCACUCGGCCUCUCUCGGCUCCGCUCGGCGCGCCGAUUCGUCCGCGCAUGCGCGCUCGUGACGUUUCGGCCGCCGACCAAUCGGGAGCGAGGGAGCUUCGCUCGCUUGAUUCCGAUUGGCCGAUCGGAGCGUCGUUAUUUAGAAACGUUCUAUUUUCAAAAGAUAAACUGUAUAUGAAAAAGUAACCUAUCACAGGACAUUUGUAUUAUACUUUGAAAAAUAGUGGAAAAAUAAUAUAAAGCAAUAAAUAGUUUUUUUUGACAACAGACUGGGGUCAAGUAACAUAACAUUAACAAGAAAUCAAUGAUAUGAGACAAGGUUCAAAAAGAAUUGAAGUGUGUCAAUAUAAUGACAAACUGUAAACCGGUUGACGACACGUUAAACUAAAAAAAAAAAAAAUUUGUAUUAUACUUAUUGUGUGAUAAUGAUGAUAAAGGAAAACGAUUUAUUUAAAUUCGAGAACUUUGACGUUUUAUACGAAGUUUCAAUGUCAAAGUAUAAAAUGAAAAAUUGAAAUAUAGUUUAAAUGUCAAAGUUUUGAGAUUUAAAAUACAAAGUUUAAUCAUGUAUAUUUAUUUGGGAAGGAAAACUAAUUGAUAUCGAUUGUUUUGCUACGUAAAUUAUUCAUGACUGCAAGAGGAUGUUAGCGACUCCGAAAAAAAAGGGUGGCUUAUUUUUAGCUUCAUCCCUCUGCGAUGGACUUGAGGAUAAUAACAUAAGGCAAGUGGCGACCCUUCUGUUAAAUAAAGAUGCAGAUCCCAAUGUCUUAAUUCCAAUGCAUGGGGUUACUCCAUUUCACUUGGUCAUUGGGAAUGAUUCAGAAGAAUUUGCGGAAGAAGUCACCAAGCUUUUCUUACGUCAUGGUGGCAAUCCCAAUGUGAGAUCAAAUGAUGGAAUGACUCCGGUUCAUGUGGCAGCAGCUUGGGGAAGAUUAAAUAUAUUACAGUUACUUUUAACAAAUGGUGGCGAUCCAUUGCAUUUGGACAAUGAUGGACGCAGUCCAUUUCAUUAUGCCUUUGACGGAAAGUAUUUCAAAGCUGUGACAAUGCUUGCAAAUCACUGUGAGAAUAUUCAAGAGGAGGAUGACAAGCCAAAGUAUAAUAUGGUGCUCGAUAAGGUUUUAAUUACUAAUGGGGACAUUGUUGCUGAAUAUGUUGCGUCAAAAGAUAUAGUAUCAAAUUUGGAUAAUAUAAUAAUGAACAAUAUACUUACUGAUUUUAAUUCAAACUCUUCCUCAAUGAUUGUAAAUUUGAAUAACACACUGAAUGAAGAUAAUAUUAUAGAGACUAAAUACAAACUAUUGAACAAUUUAGAUGAAUAUUCCUCUAGAGCUACUAAUAUUAUAACUGCUCAACUGCAGAAUAAUCUUGCAUGGACUGAUAAGAAAGAAGUGCCAAACCACUCGUUGAUUAAUCUUGAUUUUGACUUUGCAAACUUGCAUCUUUCUGAUGUCAUGCAAAAAGAAAAGUGUCUUGUUAGUCAAAUCAUCAAUCAUUUUUCAACAUCAUUAGCAAGCGAUUGUACUAUUAACGAGACUUUGCAUAAUCGCAAAAGGAACAAGUGCAAGAAAAGCAGUAUUGCGGAAAGUGAUUCUGAUAUGCCGGAUGAAGUAAAGAAGGAUAUAAGUGCACAUAAACGGAAAUAUUACAAGAAUUUACAGAAUUAUCCAUCUAAACUACAACAUACUUCUAACAAAAAUAUUUUAAAACUCGAUACUCCUAACGUGAGAGGACAAUAUUCGAAAUAUAGUACACAAAGUUCUUCUAGGAAACAACACAAAAAAAAUUCCAAUGAAAUUCCUGUGACAGCAUGUAAUAUUUUGAAUAAUUCUAUCGUUAGUAUGUCGCCGAAUUUUAAUACUCCUAAUUAUAGACAGAGAAAAAAUAUUGCUAAAACGCCAUUAACACCGUCGUAUAUUAAUGAUUCCAUCGUUAGUAAGUCACCUAAUUUUACAACACCAGAUUGUACAACUAAGAAGAGAAAUCUAGAAAAAACGUCGCACAUCAACAAUCAUUCUUCCACGAAUGUAUUCAAGAAGUUUCGUGAGUUCGCAACUCAAAUGCAAUGUUCCGAAUUUAACUGGAACAAAAAACAUGUUGCACAAUCAACGCCAAGAAGGAAGAAAAGAUCGAUAUACAAGUUUCAUUCCGGUUCCAAGAAAAGAAGACUUAAUCCGUAUCAAUAUGAAAGUGAUGUCACUUCUGAUGAAUUUACUGCUUGUCACGAAUUAAAACUAGUUGAUUUGAAUAGAACAAUCUUCGAAGGAGCUGAAAAUACUCGUUAUGAUAUCCUAGAUUCAAGUAGUGAUUAUGCAUCAUUAAAUGUUAAAAAAUCCUCAAAAAUGAGAUUUUUGCAAAAUCAUUGCAACAAUUAUUUGGUAACAAACUUAGAUGAGGGAAGAUACGACGAGGAUAGAUUAUUACUUAUAACACCUGAUAACAGUCAGGCAAAUCUUCAGGACAACAGCUUUAAUCAAAUGGAAAAGGAAAACAAAUUUGUGAACAACUUUAAUAAUCUUAAGAAACAUACGAAAUUUGAAAAUGAUCAAAUAAAUACCGAAUUUGUAACAAUCAGAAAAGAUAGAUUUAAAAUUGAUAAAGCACCGAAAAUGACGGACGCUUUCACUAAUAAUAUAAAAUCUACUUAUACAACCGAAUUUGAUAUGUUGCAUAGAGAAAAUUGUAUAGAUUGCGUUGACUGUGACACCAAAAAAUUACUGAAUGAAGAUCUGGAUAUGAAUAUAAGUAAGACUUGUAAUUUACAUGCAAAAAAUUGGUGCAAUAAUGAAUGUCAUGAGCCACAAAAAAUGAUUAAAGAGAAUAAUUCACUGCCAACUGUAAACUCAUCUAUACAGUGUAAAAAACAGGUAUAUUUACUAGAUUCUGAAAGAUACUCUUCCUCGAGACUAGAAAAUAAUACUGAUUCCAAGAAGAUGGAGAAUAUACUGAGAGUCAAAAGCUUAGAUAUGUACAAAAUCGAAAAAAAUUCGUCUACGCUUUCAUAUGUUAGCACUCAAGAAUAUAAAUAUGAAGAUCCAGAAGAAGGUGUAAUUUUAUUAGAACGACGGCUUUGCAUCACACCAUUUAGUACCUUCAGUGGCAAUGAAUGUGAUGUCAAGAGCAAAAUGAUAACAUCUGAUACAUCCAGUUCUCAAAAUUUACCAGAAGAGCUACUAUUCAUUGAUGAUGCUACUCUUAGACGAGAGCUUAGACAGCUUGGUGAUCAACCUGGUCCAAUUACUGAUACAACUAGAAAGCUUUACCAAAGACGUCUUAUGCGUUUAAAAAGCAUCAGAGGCGCUAAUACUUCAUCAAUGCCAAACCAGCGAAACGUCUCACAAAAUCACGCUGAACUGAGCGACAAAAUCAAGUCUUAUUUAGAGUUUGGAGAUUGGUUAAAUCAUGUGGAUACCUACAAAAGUCUAGAAAAGCAUGUAUUCCAAGAAUUUGUAUCGCCAGAUCCAUCUCGAAGGUGGCGCGAGGGCAGAUCAAAAACGUCUUUCACUUAUCUACUAUUAGAUCCGCGUAUAACACAAGAUCUACCGAAUCGUAGUGUACAUCUGACAGAAGCUGAAGUCUGGUCGAUCUUCCUUAACGCUAUAUUUUACAUUGGGAAAGGCAAACGUUCCAGACCGUUCGAUCAUCUUUAUGAUGCAUUUAAAACAUGGGUUGGCAGUUCAACUAUUACAAACAAAAAAAUCAACUGCAUUCUUGAUAUAUGGAAUAGUGAUCAUGGCGUGAUCUGUUUACAUGUUUUUCAAAAUGUUAUUCCAGUGGAAGCAUAUACAAGAGAGGCUGCCAUGAUAGAUGCAAUAGGGAGAGAACAUUUAGGUAAUUGCAAGAGUGGCGAAUAUUAUGGCAUUGCAGCAACAUGGAGCAUGCAACAAAAACGAAAAUUUGGUAGAUAUUUAUUGUACAAAGCUUUGCAAAUUUUUAUGCAAGAAGGAGAAAGGCAACUUUUUCCACAACAUUUGUAAUAUAGCAAGAUAGGGACAAUAUAACAAAUCAAUCAAUUUUAAUAUUUUGCUAGAUUACAAAUCAGUGAUAUAAACAUGGCAGCAAAUAUAUAUGUAUAAAUGUUAAUGUAUCAGUAGUAGAAUGUAAUUAUAUUAUUAUUGUUUUUGAUAAUUAUAUUUAUGGACAAUAUUAAGUAUGUCGCUUGAUAAAAUAUAUAUAUUUUUAUUAAUAUAAAAAGCAUGUGUCAUAAAAGUAUCAGUCUAAUAUAUAUCGGAAUCACUUAUUGUAAUAUAAUACCAAUUGAUAAGAGUAAUUAUUUCUAAU